AUGUUGAAAACCAUCACCGAUGAACAAAAGAGUAUAUAUGAUCAUAUUGGAGCAAUGAACAACAAUAAUGGUGGUAUGUUUUUUGUAUAUGGUUUUGGCGGAACGGGUAAAACUUUUUUAUGGAGUAUUCUUGGUGCUGCUCUUAGAUCUGAAGGCAUGAUAGUUCUUAACGUUGCGUCUAGCGGGAUAGCAUCAUUGCUGUUACAAGGAGGCCGAACUGCACAUUCACAAUUUGGCAUCCCGAUUGCUGUUGAUUCAACAACAAUGUGCUCAAUAAAUAGCAAUUCACCUCAGGCUGCUCUGAUAAGAGAAGCAAAGCUAAUCAUAUGGGACGAGGCUCCUAUGAUGAGAAAAUAUUGUAUUGAAACUCUAGAUAGAAGUAUGCGUGAUAUACUAAAAAAUGAUGACGUUUUUGGUGGGAAAGUCAUUGUAUUCGGAGGAGAUUUCAGGCAAAUAUUGCCUGUUAUUGUAGGAGGUAAUAGCACCCAAACUCUUCUGGCUACCAUAAAUUCUUCUACUUUAUGGGACAAUUGUACGGUUUUAGAACUAACCAAGAAUAUGAGGUUUCAAAAUGGUGCUGGAGGUGAUCGCGUUAAUGAGCUAGAGGCCUUUUCAAAGUGGAUUUUAGAUGUAGGAGACGGCAAAAUUAUUUCGACUGACAACGAUGAAGCCAAGAUUGAAAUCCCUGACGAUUUACUGAUAAAAUAA